CUACCCGUGGCUGUCAGCUGUCAUGUAAGGCUAAGUUGCGUAAAUCUGGACACAGUUUUAAUGUUUAUACUAUCAAUUGUCGAAAACUUUACUAGUCGAUUCUUUACUUUGGAAUAUGAACCUCCAAAGAGCAAGUACUUUUGAAUAUCUUUAACAGGAUACAUCCUAAUACUACAAUUUCCCUAAAUAACCAAGGUUGACAAACAAUGAACUAUGCCCUAUGGUCGCCAACCUCUAACCUCUAACAACCGAAUGCAUGGUUACAAAAUGGCAAAUCCAGAAACCUCAGUAGCCAUCCAAGUAUUGAGCAGCCGAGACGAGCUCAUUUCUGGGGAGCUCAAGAGGAAGAUUAAGAUAGUCCAAAAUAGAAGAGGAUAUACCUUAGAAAAUAUAUUAUGUAGCAAAGAUGUUAAGGAUUUACAAAUCCUUGUCUUCUCUAUUGUUGGCAAAACAAGAGGUGGCAAGUCGUUACUGCUCAAUCUCAUGAUAAAGUAUUUGGAAUCACAGUCUGAAACAGAAGAUUGGUUGUCUGGAAUAAUCUCCCAUGAACAUGGGUUCACAUGGAAGGCAGGUUUAGACAGUGUUACCAGGGGCAUCUGGAUAUGGCCCAAGAUAUACAGGAGGAAAACUAAUAAUGGAACUGAGGUGGGGAUCCUCUUGGUGGAUAAUGAAGGUAUGUUCGACGGGGAAGCAACUGACGGUGAGAUAAUUGCAUUAUGUGGCAUAUCCACCGCAAUGAGCUAUAUACAAAUGUUCAAUGUCAAAGAUAAGAUUACAACUGAUUAUCUGGAAACUGUUGAGCGCAAUUUGGUGAAAGGUAUUGAAAAUAUGGACAGUGAUCAGAGUGCAAAACUUAGGGAUGACUACAAUCUGAUGUUCGUGGUCCGAGACUGGGUUUAUGAGGAGGACCAUUCUUUUGGACUAGAAGGAGGCAAGACAUAUAUUGAGAGAGAUAGUGAACGAGUAAGUAAACAAUACAGGUACAUAUAGUAGAACAUUUUAGUAGGCCACAGUAAAAAUAAAAGCUACAAAUAUCAAUUUUUAUAAACAGGUUUUUAAUUUAUAUUCUGAUAACCACAGUAGCCUCCCUCUUAACCCGACCACUUUAACCUGUCGUGAUCGGACACAAAUGAAUGUUGGGCUGUUUUAACUAAACUCUAUGACUCGUGAGGACCUGUUGCAACGUGAAUGCUUUUGCUUUAUUCCUGACAGUCUUUAAUUCCUUUUUGAUUUUCUAGAGUUUUCCUGGUUUAUAUAAAUACAGUUGUAGGUAAUGUGUGUCUAUCCGGCCAAAUCUAUAUGCAGUGGUGCCGCCAGUCUCGAGUUAGCUGGAUCAUAAACUAUGUUGGUUUCAGUUUUUUUCUUUGGUAUAUGUGUCUUAAGAAAUCUUGGUACUGCCAACAAACAUAGCCAAACAAAAGUAUUGAUAAGAAUAAUAAAAAAAAAUUUUAGCCGGCUUAUUUAUGCUAAUAGACUAGGUGAGUUAAAAUAAUUAUAACUUUUAUAGGUCAACCACUUGUAAAGAAACCUACGCAGAAGCCAAUUUCUGAGCAGUACCAUGCAGGAGGGGCCCCCCUCUGGCGGGGGGUUGUGGU